UGACAAGAUCCACACGUAGAAUAACAACAGCAGUUACACAGCAUCCACCGGUGGCGUAAAUUCGAACCGAGUCCCCGGCGAACAGAACCAGAUUUUUUUUCCUCCGUCCUCUCUUUUUCCCCCCCUCCAUCAUCGUUAAGGAUACGGACGAACGAACAAAAAUGGGUAAGGAUUAUUAUAAAACACUCGGCAUCAGUAAAGGAGCCACGGAAGAGGACAUCAAGAAAGCAUAUAAAAAGCAGGCGUUAAAAUGGCACCCGGACAAGAACAAGUCCGCAGCAGCCGAGGAGAAAUUCAAGGAGAUCGCGGAGGCUUACGAGGUCCUCAGCGACCCCAAAAAACGGGACAUCUACGACCAGCAUGGCGAAGAAGGUCUCAAGGGAGGAAGCGGUCCCACUGGCGACAACCAAGGCAACACCUUUACAUACACCUUCCAUGGAGACCCCCAUGCCACUUUUGCCACCUUUUUUGGCGGCUCCAACCCCUUUGAGAUGUUCUUCGGGCGCAAAGCAGGAAACGGGCGUGACGACGAGGACAUGGAGGUGGAUGGAAACGACCCCUUCGGUUCCUUCAGCAGCUUCAACCUGAACGGAUUUCCCCGGGACGUGCACUCCGGCCCAGGCGGGCAGCAACAGCAGCAGCAGAAGCAGCGGCGCAAACAGGACCCGGCCAUCGUCCACGAGCUCAGGGUCUCCCUGGAGGAGGUCUUCCACGGUUGCACCAAACGGAUGAAGAUUUCUCGCAAACGGCUGAAUCCAGACGGCAGGACCAUGCGCACGGAGGACAAGAUCCUCACCAUCGAGAUCAAACGAGGCUGGAAGGAAGGGACCAAGAUCACGUUCCCACGCGAAGGAGACGAAUCGCUCAACACCAUCCCGGCGGACAUUGUAUUUGUCAUCAAGGACAAGCCCCAUCCGCACUUCAGGCGGGAGGGUUCCAACAUCGUGUACCCAGUUCGAGUCAGCUUGCGACAGUCGUUGUGCGGAUGCUCGGUGACCGUGUCCACCAUCGACGGCAACACGUGCAAUAUGAAGAUCACCGACGUGGUGAAGCCAGGUAUGAGGAAAACGGUGGCGGGGCAGGGUCUGCCCCUCCCCAAAAAUCCGGAGCAAAGAGGAGACCUGGUGGUGGAGUUUGAUGUGAACUUUCCAGAAACGUUGCCCGGCAACACUAAAGAUGUCCUGAAGCGCCACCUACCCACUUAGGAUAAUUUACGGAUCACACAUGCCUGGAGAAAUGUGCAAUCUCUAUUUUUGACUUUAUUUUUUAAAUAAAUACCACGCAUGCUGCCAAGUGGAUGGAAGACUGGACCUUUUAUGUACAUGGGCCUCUUUUACACGCUUUAGCCAUAAAUGUCCCGUGCUAUGUGCCAGAUGACAAUCUCAUUGUGUCAAAAUUUUAGCCAUCAUUGUGACUGUGUUUUAAAAUAAAUAUUUCACUAUUAAC